AUGUCGGAGGGAAGUAGAACCGCUGAUGGCGAUAGAACUCUCAUUAAGCAGCGAGAAACUUCUCGACUCAGCUCUUUUCUCAAUGAAUUUCCCGCGAGUACUAAUGUUCUUGUUGUCGAACCCAAUUUUGUCACUUUACUUAAGAUGAAAAAACUCAUGGUCAAAUACGGAUAUCAAGUGACGGUUUAUGCGGAUGCAGAAUCAGCUCUUGCAUUUUUGAGAAACUGUGAACAUGAAAUUAAUCUCGUUAUCUGGGAUUUUCAUAUGCCUGUAAUUAAUGGAAUCGAAGCUCUCAAAAUCAUUUGUACAAAGAUGGAUCUUCCUGUCGUAAUUAUGUCUGAUGAUGACCGAAUAACAUCAGUAAUGAAAGCAACAGUUCAUGGUGCAUGCAACUAUGUUAUGAAACCGGUUAGAAAGGAGAUCAUAGCUACCAUAUGGCAACACAUUGUACGUAAAAGGAUGAUGUCUAAACUAGAUUUAAUUCCACCUGUUCAAUUAAAUGUGAUUCAUAAUCAAGACAGUUUCAAGCAAGACAAAGAUGGCUGCCUGCCCCUGGACCAAGGUAAUAGUGAACAAAAUGUCAAUAUGAUAGGAGAAAAUCUACCAAUCCAAUCAGAUUUGGUUCAGAGUAACGGUUUAUACCAAGACAGAAAUGAUUCAUGGACCACAAGUCCAUACAACGGUGAACAAAACAUCAAUGAAAAAGAAGGAAAACAACUGAAAAAACGGAUGGCGUGGACUAAAGAUCUUCAAGAGAAAUUUCUCAAAGCCGUUGAUGAUCUUGGCGGUGCAAAAAAAGCUAAUCCCAAGCCACUUCUCAAAAUGCUGGAAGACAUGGACAUCAAAGGGCUCACUAGAAGAAAUGUGUGUAGUCAUCUGCAGAAAUAUCGUCUUAGUCUUCAGGGAAAACAAACCACUCAACAGAUGCAAAAGUUUGGUUGCUCCAGUGCAUGUACAACUUCACCUCUCUUAGGUUUGAACAAUGUUCACACUGCAACAUCACCUCUUAUAAAUGGUGGAGCCUCAUACCUGGUCCAAGAGAAUCAGUAUCAAAAUGGCUACAUGGAAGUAAACAACAACAGCACUGCAUCAUCGUCCCUUAUGAAUGGUCGAGCCACUUACCCUUUCCAAGACAAUCAGUAUCAAAAUGGCUACAUGGAAGUUAACAACAGCUAUGCGGCAUCAUCGUCCCUUUUGAAUGGUCGAGUUACUUACCCGGUCCAUGAAAAUCAGUAUCAAAAUGGCUACAUGGAAAUGAAAAACAACCAAACUGCAUCAUCGUCCCUUAUUAAUGGUCGCGCUACUUACCCAGUCCAUGACAGUCAGUAUCAAAAUGGCUACAUGGGAGUGAACAACAACCAGGUCAUGACCAAUACUAUGCCUUGUUUACCUUAUUAUGUUGAACAUGAUUACCAUUUCAAGAAGCAGAAGCUUGAACAACAACAAAAAUAUAUGCUUUCUAAUCAACUAAAUCCUGAAAAGGCUUCCAACAUCGAUAUACUAGAGGAUCUCGAACUGGCAGAUACUAUGCCUCAUUUUCCCUAUGAUCUUGACCAUGGAAACUAUCUCCAGCAGCAGCAACAACAACAACUUCCUCAUCAAUUGAAUAACGUGAGUAACAAUGAACCGGAACCAGCUUCCGGAAAUGGUGUCGAGGAGAUUUAUCCAAGUUUACAGUAUGACCCAAACAAAUCCUUUUUCAACGGGUAUAAUUACAAUUUAUAA